AUGGCUCGCCUCCCAACAUCAAUUUGUACCCUUGCUGACCAGCUCUACAAGCUGUACUUGAGUGGAACAAUGAUAACAGAACUACCUGAUGAUAUCUACCAGCUUUACAAUCUGCGUACUUUGGCACUUGACGCAAACAAACUACCAGAAUUGCCAGAAGCUGUAUGUUCUCUACCACACCUUGGCCGCCUGUACCUUGGAGCAAACAGACUACAGGGAUUACCCAUGUCAUUUGCACGUCUGCAAACUCUACGUACCCUUUGGAUAGAACGGAACUUUCUACAUCACUUUCCACAGGUGUUGCUAAGCAUGCCUGCCUUGCGCUGUCUACAAAUGGGGGACAACCGUUUAAAGGGACUUCCAGGGGACAUUGCUACAUGUAUGCCAGGCCUAAAAGGUCUAUGGCUCUAUGGAAACAGACUAGAACGUGUGCCAAAAGUUCUCCUACGUUUACAUGGUUUGGAGAUUCUAGAUCUGGACAAGAACCGCAUUGCUGUGUUUCCAGAUAUGAGUGGAAUGAAAGGUUUGCGCCUGUUAUCCUAUGACCACAACCCUGUGAAAGCACCUCCCAAAGUGGGGGAAACCGUUACUCUUGUGGGAGAAGGUGCUCAGGAGUUCAUGGAAGAGCGGGAGGAACAAAGGAAGCAGAGAGAGGAGGAAGAGAUGGAAGAACAGGAAAGGGAGCAGCAAGAGAAAGAUGCAGCAAAGGCAGAGAGAGGUGAAGAAGAAGGAGAAGGGGAGGAAAAGCUGGAAGAAGAGCAAUAUGAGGAGGAAGAGGCAGAGCAGGAGAACCCUAAUAGUGAUCAUUACUCUGGGAACAGGGAGGGGGACUUCUAUGAGGAAGAUGAUGAGUAUUACCUAGAGGAGGAAGAAGAAGGCUAUUAUUAUGAAGGAGAGAAUUAUUACACAAGAGGGAUUUAUUAA